GUCAAGUCCGGCGAAACAGUUGAAAAUAAAUUUGCAAAGCACUCCACAUAGAAAAGAACCACGGAAGGAACAAAACAGAACAGUGCCGUCGUUUGACAUGGUUCCGCUUGCAGAUUCAAAAUAGAAGUAAUUUGUCACGCCAGCGUCGAGUCAAAGUUGCACGCCUCAAUUUAAGAAUCAGUUUCUAAACAUGUGUCCUCGUGUCAUGCGAGAUUUUUUUUCCGCGAAAAAAUGAACUUUGUGCUCAGCCUUUGUGCGCGCCUCGUUUUUGUGGUCACUCUUCUUCGUGGUCAAGAUGUUUUGUGGGUUACUGAUGCAAGGAUUGCCAAGGGAAACAACAUCAACCUGGGCGAGGCACUCCAGUUUCUGCGGGAAUACGAUAGCGAAGCCUCCUCGAUGUGUCUCAGAGUGACUACUGCGCAAUGGUCCUACGCAACCAACAUGACGGACUUCAACAAACGGCGCAUGAUCGACGAGCAAACGCUGAAAGCGAAAUUCGACAAGGUGUCGUGGAGGAAAGCCGUCGAGUUUGAUUGGUCGAGAAUUCCAGAUCCGCUUGCCAGAAGACUGUUGAGGAUGCUAGUCACGAACAGUAGGGCCAGUUUGGGAGAUGAUAAGUUUAAUGAAAUUUAUCACCUUAUAUCCGAAAUGAAGGACCUCUACGCUCACGUAAGAGCGUGUCCAUACAAUAACUUCGACAAGCUAUACUGCGAUCUAGAAUUAGAUUUGGACGUUAAAAGAAUCAUGGCAAAAUCAAGAAGCAAUGCCGAACUCACGCACAUCUGGCAAGAAUGGCACAACAAGGUUGGCCCGCCAAUGAAAAACAAGUUCAUGAGAUAUGUUGAUUUGGCCAAUCAGGCAUCAAUAUUAAAUGGUUUCCAAAAUGCUGGUGAAGAAAUGCGUUUUGCCUAUGAAGAUGAAAACUUUGAAAGUGAGAUAGCUCAAGCUUUUCACAAAAUUCAACCUUUAUACAAAGAGCUUUUUACCUAUGUGAGACGUCAACUUUUCAAGAGGUACGGCCCGAGGGUGUUGAGGUCGAAUGGGCCGAUACCGGCCCAUUUGCUGGGCGAUAUUUGGGGACAGGACUGGAGUAAUAUUGAGGAUAUUGUCAUACCGUAUAGGGAAUAUAAGAAAAUUGAUGUCACAGAUGAGAUGUUAAGGCAAGGAUUUACUCCCUUAAGGAUGUUUCAAAUGGCAGAAGAAUUUUACACAUCUUUAGGCUUAAAACCUAUGCCACCAGAAUUUUGGCGUUAUUCUAUGUUAGAACGUCCUAAUGGAAGAAAAGUGCAAUGCACAGUAAGUGCUUGGGAUUUUUGUAAUAAAAUUGAUUUCAGGAUAAAACAAUGCACUGAAGUAAAUAUGAACGAUUUGAUAACUGUACAUCACGAAAUGGCUCAUAUUCAAUAUUAUUUAUAUUAUGCUGACCAACCGUAUCUCUAUAGAGAUGGGGCUAAUCCUGGAUUUCAUGAGGGGAUAGCAAACGCAAUAAGUUUGUCAGUAAAUAAUCCAACUCAUCUGUACAGAGUAGGAUUGUACAAUAACAAUACAGAUAUUUACGAAACAAACAUAAACUUUCUUAUGUCUAUGGCACUAAAAAAGGUUGCCUAUGCACCUUUUGCCUAUUUAGUUGAUCAAUGGCGUUACCAAAUUUUCGAGUACGGAGUAAAAACAAUGAACGCCGAUUGGUGGGAACUGCGGCUGCGAUUUCAAGGCAUAGUGCCGCCGGUAAAAAGGACGGAAAGUCAUUUGGACGCGGCGGCCAAAAGACAUGUUAUAGCCGAUAUGCCUUACAUCAGGUAUUUUGUGGCGCUUUUGCUGGAAUUUCAAGUUCACGAUGUAAUGUGCGACGCUGCGGGUCAUAGAGGGCCAUUGCACACUUGCGACAUCUAUCGGUCGAGGGAGGCAGGCAGGAUUUUGAUGGACAUUCUUAAAUCCGGAAAAUCCAGACACUGGAAAGACAUAAUAAGAGUCCUGACAAAGGGCAAUACAGAUACCAUAUCGCCUGAGCCGAUGCUCGAUUAUUUUGAACCCCUACUUUUAUGGCUUGAAGGUAAAAACAAAAGGGAGGAAGAAAAAAUAAUUGGAUGGAGCACCAAAAAAGAAGACACCGCGCUUUUUCAACCGUUAGUUUCAAAGGGGUAUAGUGUGGGAUGUAGUUUAGUCUUUGUGAUCAAUUCAGUACUUUUGUUGGUAUUGAAUAUGUGAUAGUUUUUUUUAUUGUGUAUAUAAGAAAUAUAUGAAAUGUUUCUUUUUUGGAGAAAGUUUUAUUU